AUGUCCAAACCCAAACCAGGAUUAGGCAAAGGGAUCGUUCGUACCCUCGCUCAUCAUCAUCCUUCAUCUUCCAUAACUUCAUCUCCACUAAUACUUCCUCUCGCUCCUAUUGUUUCUACCUAUCAACAUCAAAAUCAACCUUUUAUUCUUCCUGGACCUCCUCCGUCCUUCCCUUUACCUGAUGAACCUGGAUCAUCUGGAUCCAGUCGACAACCAAAACCUUCGUCACUUCAACCUCUUCCAUUCGAUAUAACCACUACGAAUACUACUGGUAUCAUCAAUUCAAAUACUAGCCAUGCAGGUUAUGCUGGACCAAGUCGAAGAAAUACAUUUUCUCCACUCAUAUCUUCAAACGCUUAUUUAUCUUUAUUACCAUCUUGGGAUCUUAAUACACUUUCCUUUUCUCGUCUCACCAAAGAAAUCUCUUCAGUAGGACCUAUCGUUUCACCUUAUAUCAUUCAUAAAAACAGACAUAAAACAUUGUCCAAAAACGCUUUGAGAAGAUAUACGACACCAACUUCUUCUAAUCGAGCAGCUGUCGAAAUUUCACCUUUCACUUCCAACAUUUUCACUCCACCAUUACCUUCAUCUCUUUUAACAUUAGAGGAAUUAAAUUUCCCUUCUAAUUUCAGUCGAAAUCAAGAUCAAUUUUAUUCAUCUCCACCUCCUCCACCUUCUCCGUCUUCUUCACCAACACCAGGACAAGAACAAGCUCAACCUCCUCAAACUGUUAAAACUCGUCCUUCAAGUAAUCACACAGUUCUCAGUGUUACACCAUUAUCAGAUACUUCCGAUUCACCUUCUUUUCAACUUACGAAUCAUCCUUCUUUCUCUUCUUAUCAUUAUGACGAUCUACAUUUAUCUCAACCUUCCACCGAUACGAAUUCUGGAACUUUAGGAUUGAAUUCCAAUUCUUUGAUUUUUCACUUGGGUUCAGCUGGUAUACCAAAAGAAAGAACACCUCCUUCUUCUUAUGGAAAACCACCACCACCAUUACCUCGUCGAAUCAGAUCAUUUCCUUUACCUGAUAUAUCGCCACCCACUUCUCUUCGAUCAAUAGGCGUAGGGGAAGAUGCGUUCUUCACGCGAUUAGAUGGGAUGUGUAUUGCAGACGGAGUUGGUUCCUGGGCGAAAUCAAAUAGAGGUGGAGCGGAUGCAAGUCGAUGGUCGAGACUGUUGACUCAUUUUUGUGAAGGAGAAUUGGAUUCCUGGUGGGCGUCAAGGGAAGAUUACAUGAUGAAAGCCGAUGAGAAAAAGGGUUUGGAAGCGGUGGAAGUAGAUGAUGGACCUCAUGCUUGGGCAAGAGAUGGUUGGAAGGAAGGAGAAGCAAGUGAGAAAGAAAAGACAGGGUUAAAGGCCGAGAGAAGAAGAAGAAGACCUUUAAGUCCGGUGGAAAUCAUGCAAAAAGGAUUUGAAAAAUGUUUAGCUUGUUCAUUACAAGAAGGAAUACACGGUUCCUCCACUUGUCUACUGGCACUACUUUAUCAUUCCACAUUACUCAUAGCGAACGUCGGGGAUUGCGCUUUGUUGCUUAUUCGAAAUGGUCAAGUCGUAUUUCGAACGGUGGAAAUGCAACAUUCUUUCAAUUUCCCCAUGCAGCUUGGAACACACAGUAGGGACGAACCAAUGAAGGAUGCAAAGAGAUAUGAUGUGGGUGUGGAUAGAGGAGAUGUGGUGAUUUUAGCUAGUGAUGGAUUGACUGAUAACUUGUUCGAUGAUGAAAUCCUUGAAGUCCUCUCUGAAUUCGCUCCACCCCUUCAAAAUCUUCCUCAUUUCAUCAACCUUCACACUCCACCUUCUACUCCACCUACAACUUCUAAUUCACUUCCUCCAUUCUCUCCUCAAAAAGUAUCAGAAGCACUAGCGCAAAGAGCUAGGAACGUUAGUGGACAAACUACUGCCAAUACACCUUUUAUGCAUCGAGCAAAAGAAGAAGGUAUAGAUUUUGUAGGUGGUAAAAGGGAUGAUAUAUCAGUCAUAGUCGGUGUUAUUGGUGAUCGAGAUGAUGUCUCACCGGGUUUGGCGCUGCAUACAUGAUUCACCCAGUUGGGUACUGUAUUAGCGUUGUAAUUAACGUUGUACCAAUACACAUACAGUUGUACGCAGUGUAUCC